AUGGGAAAAGGAACCGACAAGCUCUACAUCACCCACAGCGAGUGGAACUCGAAUGACGCCUACUCAGCGUCCGCCGGGUCCAAUGUUCGCGCCGACAAAAGCGAGCACGCGGCUUUCAAGCGGCUGCCCUUCAACUACUGCGCCUUGAGUCUACAGCCCUUCGAGACACCAGUAUGCACGAGCGAGGGCCUCAUAUUUGACCACGAGAACAUCAUCCGAUGGCUCAUGAAGCAUGACACCAAUCCCGUCACGGGCGGACCGCUGAAGCAAGCUGAUCUGAUCAAGCUCAACUUUGCCCGGAAUGAGGGCAAGGAAUGGGUGGACCCGGUCACAUACAAAGUACUCACGGAUAACACUCACAUUGUGGCUGUACGGCAUGGUGACUCUGCCAAUGUCUUCGCAUACGAGACAGUCGAGCGCCUCAACAUCAAAGCGAAGAUGUGGCAGGACUUGGUCUCGGACGAGAAGUUCCAGCGGUCAGACAUAAUCACCUUGCAGGAUCCUCAGAAUUUAGGGUCUCGCAACCUUGCCGACUUCAAGUACCUCAAGGAUGGAGAGGACUCUGGAGUGCCGAAAGAGGAGGCUAGCAUAAACACUGGCGCCAUGGGCAACGCUGCGAGCCUGAAGAUUAUGAAAGCCAAGGAGGCCGUUGCAAAAGCUCGAGCAGACCGUGACAAAGCCGCUGCGGUACAGCAAGCGGCAUCGAGAGGCCUCGCCAAGUCUGCGGCACCACAGAAGUCGGUGCAGAAGCCAUUCAACGCAAAACAUUACACCACAGGCCAGGCCGCCGCUUCCUUCACUUCUACGGGAAUAUCGGUCCACACUUCCGCUUCGCUAGCUCUGAUGUCGGACGAGGAAUAUCUGCUGCGGCCUAAACGCAUCAAGAAGUCUGGUUUCGCCGUCGUUCAGACGAACCUAGGAGAAAUAACGAUCGAGCUGCUGCCAGAGCACGCACCGAAAGCUGUCUACAACUUCAUUCGACUGGCCCAAAAAGGCUACUACAACGGCAUCGUCGUCCACCGGAAUAUCAAGAACUUUAUGGCUCAGACCGGAGAUCCGACUGGCACUGGUCGAGGAGGCGCAAGUAUUUGGGGCAAGAACUUCGAAGAUGAAUUCGAUGGACCGCAGCGGCAUGACGCGCGAGGCGUGGUCAGCAUGGCAAACAAGGGCAAGGACACCAACUCGUCGCAAUUCUUCAUCACGUACCGCAAAGUACCGCAUCUCGAUCGAAAGCACACCAUCUUCGGACGCGUCGUUGAAGGCCUGCCCACGCUGAAAGCAAUCGAGGACGCACCAACUGAUGAUAAAGAUCGACCUACCGAGGAGAUUAAGAUGCUAGACGUCAAAAUCCUCGUCGAUCCGUUUGACGAAUUCAUGAAGAAGCAGAACGAGAAGCAGGAAUUGGAUCGUGAGCGGGAGGAUCUCAGACGGGAAGGCAAGGUUGACGACGAGCGCACGACGUGGACUGGCAAGCGAAUAAGGAGGGAUGGCACGGUAGAGGAUACCGGAGGCGGCGUCGGUAAGUACUUGAGGCAAACUGCUGGGGAUGGCGGCACGGUCGAUGAUGCUGUCGAUAGAGAGAACCUGUUCCAGGAGCCCUCACGGAAGAAGGUGAAGAGUGCUGGCGGCUUUGGCAACUUCGAUGGCUGGUAA